AUGUCUACUUGUCGCGGUUGUGCGAAGACUUUCAAGCGCGACUCUGACCUUACUCGCCACCUUUGGAACUCCAAGGACCAACGUUGUGCACUUAUGGCCCAAGAAGAGUUUGGAUAUGUGCCUCGGCCAGGGCCAGACGUUGAGAUGGAGGACACAGAUGUUUGGAUGGGUGAUUUUUUUGGUUCUCGUGAUCAGUACAAUGACACAGACUUUCCUACGUCUAUUGAAGAUAUCCAGAACAAACAUACGUGCCACUUUAGUUGCGAAAGUUCCGUCCACGCUGGACCGUCUCACUUUUCUGGUGCGAUAUCUAGCUCAGAUGAGGAAGGGGAAGGUGCGGGUUUACCUGUACCGGGGCUAGAAGAGAUCAAAGAGCCGAAAGAAGAAGAUGAAGACGACGGAGAAGACAAUGAUUCUGACAUUGACGACAUCGACGUCGCUCACAUCGCUCGACUCGUCAAUCGGAUCGGCGGUCUCUCCCUUCCCACCUCUCGUGCUCCCUCACCCUCGCUGUCGGAAUCCAGCAGCUCUUCAAGCUUGUAUGUACCAAGUUCGUCAUCAUCUUCGUCUUCAUCACGGUCCACGGAUGGCCUUUCUGAAGAGUUUGGUCAUGUUCUUGAUGACGAUGAGCUCUAG